UAUGACUCGGAAAAUAUAAGCAUUGCGAGUAUUAUCGUUGAGUAGUCGGUUAAGAUUCGUUUUACGGAGAAGGAACUAAGGCAGCGCUCGACGAGUUUUCGUAACUCAGCUAUCCUUCGAAUUGCAAGAUGAUUCCAACUUCUAACUCAUUAAAUACUAUGGUCGAACAACUUCAACUAAUCUCAGAUUUAUCGUGUGAGCAAAGAAUUGCUGAAAAUGAGACUGAAAUGGCAAAUUUACGUGGCAAAGCCGAGAGGAUGCAGCUUUUUCCUCAAAGCACCGAAUCAAUGGACGAUUGGCGACAGACUCUCAGAGAAAUGGACCAGUACCUGGAGUCCCAAAAUGCAUUGUCACUUAAUCGUUCAAGACGACGGAGUGUUUCAGAAGUAGAAGAUUUUUUCAGCGAAAGUGAGAGUGACACUUCGUCUAACCCCGAUACAUCUUCGUCAGUAGAUUCUAACGAAAUGUUGGGCGUCGACUUUAAUGAGAAUGGCGAACAAAGUUUUUACGGGCCUCGAGGAGAUAAGUCAUACGACAGCCAGCUGAAUAAUACAGAACAGGCAUAUUGCCCGGCAUCAGUUAAUGAAAUGACAUCUUUUGUACAUUCGUCGUCGCCACCCCCGCUACACCAUCUACCGAGGCCUAGCAUGGCGAACUUAGACCCAACGAACACCAUCUGCGAUGCCCUUACUCAGACCUACGUACAACUGCCGGUUACAACGCAACCCUGUGGAAUGAACUUCUUACCCACACCACCUCAUUCAAAUCCUGGCUCGCCUGAAAUGAACUUAAAUCAAGUUAUUCCAAACCAGUUCAUAAUUUUCUCUCCGCCUCCACCAUACUCAAGAAGAGAAAACCCCGAUCUACAAAAACGACGAGUGCACCGUUGUGAAUACCCUGGCUGCACUAAGGUUUACACCAAGAGCUCACACCUCAAAGCACAUAUUCGAACCCAUACCGGAGAGAAGCCAUACAAAUGCUCGUGGGAUGGAUGCACUUGGAAAUUUGCGCGAUCUGAUGAAUUAACACGUCAUUUUAGAAAACACACUGGUGCCAAACCGUUCAAAUGCAGGCAUUGUGACAGGGCAUUCAGCCGAUCUGAUCACCUAGCACUGCACAUGAAGAGGCAUCAGAAUUAAGUAAUGCAGAGUGCUUACAUCGUCAGUGGCAUUUCAAGGCAUCCCACUGCAUUGCUUCAUUACGGAGUCAUAGUGCAGCCAUGGAAGAGGCAUAUUCCGAACUGUGCAGACAUAUGUAACGUGGCUACCGGUCGAUGGAUAAAGAAAGUUACCCCACAAGAACCAAAGCCAAGAAGACCUAUUUUAAAAACUAACUCAAAUUGCAUCACAAUGAAGAAGAGUCUACAGAAGUUUCGGGACUGAUAUUAAAAACACGGCAAUAAGGGAAAACAUUUUUGCUUGGCCUUCAAUAUAAUAUUAAGUUUCAGAGAUUAAUUUUUUCAUUCGCAAAUUAUCGCAGUUACAAUUGAUGGCAAUUCGACUUGAAUUUAAGCUGAAACCGCAGAAACAACAAAUCAAAUAUCUGCAACCAAGGUUGCAAAUUUUUCGAUUUAGUUUGAAUUUUGCGGCUUUUCGUGUUAAAAUUUGAUGCAAGAUUUCAGCGAAUUGCGAAAUGCCAUUAAUCACAUGUCUCAUAUUUGCAAUUUUAAACUCGUUUUUUAGAUGAGUGGCUAAUUCAAAAUAUAUAAGAUAACAGUAUAACCCGCAAACUCGUAUUCUUCGCUAUCGAAGAAAAAUGUUACUGCAUUCUAUGAAUACCUCUUCGUUGUUUUCUGCUUUAGCAGAUACUUUUCUCCUUUGAAUCCAGUUUGUUUGCUAGAAAUUGUGACAAGUUUCAUCUGAACUCAUCAUAGCAUAGGCCACUAACAUUUUAGAAUAGUCAUCCUUAUUCCAUAAUUUUACUCAGAAAUUAAAGGUCGUCAUUUUUAAAUUUUCAAAAUUUUAUGCUCUGAAGCUCGUUUCCUUCGUUACAUAAUAUUUUUACAGGCCAGUAAAGCAAUCCUUUAGUGGUUUUUCGUUUAGGUUGUAAAUAACGCAACAACGCGGUUUUUAGGGUUGACACAACCACAUGGCCCAUAACGUACUUUAACAAUACUGUUGAUAACGCGGGUCGAUCAACAAUAGUUUCGCUUUUAUAUUUCAAUGUAUAAAUUGGUUUUGUUAUACGAAGUAGUAUGCUGUGUGUAAUAAGUCAUUCGUGGACUUUAAAUUUGUACAAAUUCACUUUUAGUUGUAUUAAGCGAAACAGGUUCCUUACAUGUAUUUCCUAAUCAUACAUCAUAGCAAUAGAAAAUGAAACGCAUAAAAA